AUGGAAGCCUCGGCGUCCCCGCCCGAGAGCCCGGGACGUCUGCGCAGCCAGCGGGGGUUGCACAGCGGCCCCCACGGCCCCCACGGCCCCGACGGUGGCAGCCCCGUGCGCCCGCCAGGACGCCGGUCGGGCCAGAGGCCCCGGGACGCGCCCACGUCGCAGGGCAACUCGGCGCGGGUCUCACGGGUGCAGAACCUCGGGGUGCGGGGUGGGGCGGGCGGACAAGCCUGCGCCCGCGAUCGCAGCCCCGUGACCCAGCCCCUGCCCUCGGGGGCGCGCUGUGAGGUCGGAGGCCCGGAGGAGCGGGAGGGUGCGGGCUACGGUCCCGUCCCCGGAGCGGCCUCGGGGACGCGCUGGUGCCUGCGCUCGGGCGGCCCAGGGACCGCGCGGCACCUCGGGGGCGGGCCGGGCUGGGAGGCCGAGGCCCCGCCCCCGCCCCCGCCCCGCCCGGGGCCGCCCGGCUCCCCGCCGACGGCUCGCGGGCCUGCAGGGCGGCGCGGCGGCGGGUCCCGCGGGCCCCGGGAAGCGGCCCCUGCCCUGCGCCCGCCCGCCGGCUCCCGCGGCGCCCGCUCGCGGACGGAAACUCCCGGGAGGAGCCGGCGCGGCGGCCGCGGCUCCUCCUCCCGUGCGCCCCCCAACGGCCCGGUGGCCUGGCGGUCGCGGCCCCGCCAACCUGCCCUCCGUCCCCGGGGGGGACCCCCGCGGGACCCCCCGCCCGCGCCACCCGGGGCCGCGGCGCCCGCCGCCGCCGCCUCGCGGCCGGAGCCCACGCCCGCGGAGCCGCGAGCCGCGAGCCGCGAGUGCGCAUGCUCCGCCGGAGCCCGCACCGGGCCUGGGUGA